AUGAUGGUGGCGGAGGAGGAAGGCGGGGGAAGGGGUGCUGGGCACUGAGCGGCGGCUCUGGCAGGGUUUUGUAGGGUGGGGGACGGUCGCGGGGCGACUCCGUCCGGGAGGGGGCGGGCGUGAGGCGCGCCGUCCGCCUGAGGGGCUGCAGACCCCGGCUCCCGCGAGCGCCGCGGCUGGCUCGGCUGUUCCAUGUGGCUACGGCAGGGAUGGAGGACUCGGUGGCGGCGGCGGCGGCUGCUGCUGCGGCGGCGACGGAGGAGCGGCGCUGAGGAGGGAACCGGGCCAGACUCAGCCAGACAGCGGGAUUAGAGUCCUCCAGAUUACACAUCAUAUAACCCCUGAGGUGGAAUGGUGAUGUCUCCAUGAGGGAACCUCCUUUCAUUCAUCCUGUCAUGUGUAUCAUACUGUUCUUGACUGGGCCAUUCAUCUAAGAUGGGAUUUACCCUGUGAAACAGGGAGAAGACUUAUGGACCCCAAACAUCAUUUCAAGUUGUAGUUGAGUUUUUUAAAGUACAGACAUACAUGCAAAGCUCCUUUGCUUUGGGCCUUCUGCUUUGUUAAAGCUGCUGUAUUACUAACCCAGAACUGCUCCAGUGACUGAUCAUCAUGGCUUCAGUUUGGAAGAGACUGCAGCGUGUGGGAAAACAUGCAUCGAAGUUCCAGUUUGUGGCCUCCUACCAGGAGUUGAUGGUUGAGUGUACCAAGAAAUGGCAACCAGAUAAACUGGUGGUAGUUUGGACAAGAAGAAGCCGAAGGAAGUCUUCUAAGGCUCAUAGCUGGCAACCUGGAAUAAAAAAUCCAUACCGUGGUGUUGUAGUGUGGCCUGUUCCUGAAAACAUUGAAAUCACUGUGACACUUUUUAAGGAAUCCCCUUCUGGUCGAAGGAAAGCUCUUGCUACUAGCAGCAUCAACAUGAAACAGUAUGCAAGCCCUAUGCCAACUCAGACUGAUGUCAAGUUAAAAUUCAAGCCAUUGUCUAAAAAAGUUGUAUCUGCCACUCUCCAGUUUUCAUUAUCUUGCAUUUUCCUUCGGGAGGGAAAAGCCACGGAUGAAGACAUGCAAAGUUUGGCUAGUUUGAUGAGUAUGAAGCAGGCUGACAUUGGCAAUUUAGAUGACUUUGAAGAAGAUAAUGAAGAAGAUGAUGAGAACCGAGUGAACCAAGAGGAAAAGGCAGCAAAAAUUACAGAACCCAUCACUGAAACAGCUUCUCCUAAGAAAUCAGAGGAAUCUUUUUAUAAUAAUAGCUAUAAUCCCUUAAAAGAGAUACAGACUCCACAGUAUUUGAACCCAUUCGAUGAGCCAGAAACUUUUGUAACUAUAAAAGAUUCUCCUCCUCAGUCUACAAAAAGAAAAAAUGUAAGACCUGUGGACAUGAGCAAGUACCUCUAUGCUGAUAGUUCUAAAACAGAAGAAGAAGAGUUGGAUGAAUCUAAUCCUUUUUAUGAACCCAAACCAACUCUUCCUCCAAAUAAUUUGGUGACUCCAAUUCAAGAACUGGAAACUGAAAGGAGAGUGAAAAGAAAAGCUCCAGCCCCACCAGCCAUCUCACCAAAGACAGGAGGAGUAAAUGAAAACACAAGUAUUUCUGCAGGAAGAGAUCUCUCCACUUCUCCUAAGCCGAGUCCCAUACCAAGUCCUGUUUUGGGGCGAAAGCCAAAUGCUAGUCAGUCAUUGCUUGUAUGGUGCAAAGAAGUUACAAAAAACUAUCGGGGAGUGAAAAUCACCAAUUUUACUACAUCAUGGAGAAAUGGUUUAUCUUUUUGCGCAAUAUUGCACCACUUUAGACCUGAUUUAAUUGACUACAAGUCUCUGAAUCCUCAAGAUAUUAAAGAGAACAACAAAAAGGCAUAUGAUGGAUUUGCCAGCAUAGGAAUUUCCCGGUUGUUGGAACCUUCUGAUAUGGUUUUAUUAGCAAUUCCUGACAAACUGACUGUUAUGACUUAUCUCUAUCAAAUCAGGGCACAUUUCAGUGGCCAAGAACUGAAUGUUGUCCAGAUAGAGGAGAACAGCAGUAAAAGCACAUAUAAAGUUGGAAACUAUGAAACAGAUACAAACAGUUCUGUUGAUCAGGAAAAAUUCUAUGCAGAGCUUAGUGAUCUGAAACGGGAGCCUGAACUGCAGCAGCCGACCGGCGGAACGGUAGACUUCUUGUCUCAAGAUGACUCUGUAUUUGUAAAUGAUAGUGGGGUUGGAGAGUCAGAAAGUGAACAUCAGACUCCUGAUGAUCAUCUUAGUCCAAGCACAGCCUCCCCUUACUGUCGCAGGACUAAAAGUGACACAGAACCCCAAAAGUCCCAGCAGAGCUCUGGAAGGACUUCAGGAUCCGAUGACCCUGGAAUAUGUUACAGUACAGAUUCGACCCACACACAAGUUUUGUUAGGCAAGAAGAGACUACUGAAAGCUGAGACCUUAGAAUUAAGUGACUUAUAUGUUAGUGAUAAGAAGAAGGAUGUGUCUCCACCCUUUAUUUGUGAGGAGACAGAGGAACGAAAGCUUCAAACUCUAGACAUCAGUAAUAACUUGGAGAAAGAAAAAUUAGAGAAUUACAGACCCUUAGAAUGCAGAUCAGAUCCUGAAUCACCUAUCAAAAAACCAAGUUUAUCUCCCACUUCCAAACUUGGGUACUCAUACAAUAGAGAUGCAGACCUUACAAAGAAAAAACGUACUUCCCUGAGGCAGACAGAGUCUGAUCCAGAUACUGAUAGAACCACUUUAAAUCAUGCAGAUCAUUCCACAAAAACAGUCCAGCAUCGAAUGUUAUCAAGACAAGAAGAACUUAAAGAAAGAGCACGAGUUCUGCUUGAGCAAGCAAGAAGAGAUGCAGCUUUAAAGGCAGGGAGUAAGCAGAAUACCAACGCAACCACACCACUCUGCAACAGGCAGCUAAGUGAUCAGCAAGAUGAAGAGCGACGUCGGCAGCUGAGAGAGAGAGCUCGUCAACUAAUAGCAGAAGCUCGAUCUGGAGUGAAGAUGUCAGAACUUCCCAGCUAUGGUGAAAUGGCUGCAGAAAAGUUGAAAGAAAGGUCAAAGGCAUCUGGAGAACAAAACACUAAGUUGGUGGACUUAAAGCUGAAGAAGCUCCUAGAAGCUCAGCCACAGGUGGCAAAUUCACUCUCCAGUGCUGCACAGAAAGCUAUAACUGAGAGCUCUGAGCAAGACAUUAAGAAUGGCACAGAAGAUCUCCGGACUGAGCGAUUACAAAAAGCAACAGAACGAUUUAGAAAUCCUGUUGUGUUCAGCAAGGAUUCUACAGUCAGAAAAACUCAACUUCAGUCUUUCAGUCAAUAUGUUGAGAAUAGACCAGAGAUGAAAAGGCAGAGAUCAAUACAGGAAGAUACAAAGAAAGGAAAUGAGGAGAAGGCAGCGAUAACUGAAACUCAGAGGAAGCCAUCAGAAGAUGAAGUGCUUAAUAAAGGGUUCAAAGACACCAGUCAGUAUGUUGUAGGAGAAUUGGCAGCACUAGAGAAUGAGCAAAAGCAAAUUGACACCCGUGCCGCGCUGGUGGAGAAGCGCCUUCGCUAUCUCAUGGACACAGGAAGGAACACAGAAGAAGAAGAAGCUAUGAUGCAGGAAUGGUUUAUGUUGGUUAAUAAGAAAAAUGCCCUAAUAAGGAGAAUGAACCAGCUUUCUCUCCUGGAAAAAGAGCAUGAUUUAGAACGGCGGUAUGAGCUGCUGAAUCGGGAAUUGCGGGCAAUGCUAGCCAUCGAAGACUGGCAGAAGACCGAGGCCCAGAAGCGACGCGAGCAACUCCUGCUGGAUGAGCUGGUGGCCCUGGUGAACAAGCGCGAUGCGCUCGUCAGGGACCUGGACGCGCAGGAGAAGCAGGCUGAAGAAGAAGAUGAGCAUUUGGAGCGAACUCUGGAACAAAACAAAGGCAAGAUGGCCAAGAAGGAAGAGAAAUGUGUUCUUCAAUAGCAGCCGGACCAUAAUCUCCCAACAUUUUAAUCUUGGUUCCCCAGACCAGAAAAUGUCAGACUCGUCGUUGAUGUAAAACUUCUAACAUUUUGGGGGGCUGGAUUGUACUUCUUUACCACCACCACCACCCCUUUCCCUCCCUCCUUUCCAGAUAAUAGAACUCCAAAAGAGCUUUGUUUAAGGUUAUUUUUUUUGUGAGUUAAUCAUUUCCUUGAAAUCAUGUGAAAUAAAUUUGCACAGAUUCCUUGUGAGUGACUGGUAUUGAGAGUAUUCAAGAGAGUGCUCAAAGAAGAUAAGAAAAGAAAACCCUUCCCUCGUUAUUUUCCCUCAGUUUUUGAUGGGAGGAAAAUUUGGAACAUUUUUGUUGUUGCUGUUGUUGUUGUUGUUGUUGUUAAUAGCAUAAUGGUGGGAGGGGGGUAAGUGGGGGAUAAAAAUGUCAUGAAUGAUUUUUCCAGUCCUGCCAUAUGUAACACUUGACUCUGUUACCUAAAUUUUAUAGUUAGAUCAUAUUCAAUCUACUUAUUAAACUGUGUUCUAUUUGCCAGUGGGAUUUUCUGCAGUUGUUUUGCAUUUCACUGUAAGGAUAAUAGAGUUCCUGUCCUCUGUUUUCCUUGGAGGAUGGCCCUUUAAUGUAGCCUGAGACAGUCCUGUGAUUUGAAGGUGAGCUGUGAGGAUGGGACUAAUUGACACGCAUCAGUUUACAAAAACGGUCUUAUCAUCUGAGAAUGCGCCAUCUUUUUCUCUGGAUAAUUAUUUAUUACAUCUAGCUUAGUUCUUACAUUUUGUUGGGUCUCAACAUUGGCUCAAGAAUGCUGUUAAUAUUUAUUCUGUAUUGAUAAAAGUCUGUCUUGCCACUAUGAGUAAAUCCCCCAAUUAAUAUUUUCUUCUCUAGCAUAGCACUGUCAUUUUUUUGUGAAAAUGGUUAUCUGUUUAUUUAUUACAAUACUGAGUCAUAUAUAAAUUUUCAAUAAAAGCAGAAACUUUCUUACCUUAA